AUGGCUUUGGCGAAAUGCCACACAGACUGCAUAGAAAAAACGAUCCGCAUAUGUUUCAGAAUAAUCGGCCAUUUCAUAGGAACACAUCCGUGGUGGUUCUUCAUUGUACCCAUCAUCAUCUCGACAGCAUUAGGAAGUGGAUUUUACUUUUUGGAAGACAGAACAUCUAACGAUAUCGAAAAGCAGUUCACACCUCUAGAUGGACCAGCCAAGAAGGAAAGAAAAUUUAUUCAAGAAUAUUUCCCACAAGAUGAAUCCAUGUUUUCCAGCUUGCGGUUGAGCACAGAUGGAACAUAUGCAUGUUUCAUAGCCACAUCUAAGGCAAACAUUUUGACAGUGCCACCACUCGAGGAAAUAUUAGUCUUGGACAGCAAGGUUCGGAACAUGACUGUGGAGUUUGAGGGUGAACCGUUGCAAUAUGUGGAUAUUUGCGCAACAGUGAAUGGAAGUUGUUACACCAAUGCCAUAUGGACAUUAUAGGCUACAAUGCUAGCAAUGUUGAUCUUAUUAAUUUGACGUUUCCAGCGCAUUAUUCUACAUCUGGCAGGGUUUCCUUGAGGUCAACACUUGGUAGUGUGAAAAUAGACAACUCAAUUGUUCAAAGUGCCGAGGCAAUACAACUUUUUUACUAUUUACGAGAAUACAACGAAACAAGAACCAACAUUUGGCUGACUGAGUUUGUUAAGUUGCUCUCAGAAGAAUCAACAAAUGUCACCGAGGUGAGAUACCAUACAUCCCUGUGUAUAUAUUACAAUGUUUUAUUUGUUUUCUAUUUUCCUGCCUGGACCUGUAAUGUAUGUUUCUUUGUAAAACAUUUUUUUUUUUACAAAAAAGUAUUUUUACACACUUUUGUCAUCUCUUUCUAGGUGUCAUAUUCUACAUCCAUGUCAAGACAGUGGGAACUCGACAAAGUUCCAAAGAGUAUUAUUAGAUUUUUUUCCAUCACAUAUACUAUUACCAUUUCUUUUGCAAUUGUUUCAAGCUUAAGGUUUGUAAAGCAUUUAUCUACUUUAUGUUACAUGACAUGGACAUGUAGAUGUACAUGUGAGGGGUGGUGGGGUGGUGGGGGGGGUUAGUUACAUAGCACGUGUCCACAGUAUGUAUGGAAAUCCACUUUUAAAUGGUUUUAAUUUCUUCAGGUUGGACAACGUGAGGAAUAAGGUGUGGGUGGCCACCAUUGGAGUCUUCUCUACAGGACUAGCAGUUCUUUCCAGUUUCGGGAUGCUGUUGUUAAUGGGUCUGCCUUUCGUCAUGACUGUUUCUUCCUCCCCUUUACUGAUACUGGGUAAGGGGAAAGAGUAUUUUCUCUUCAAACCUUCAUUAGUAUUUCCUUUCCAUUCCAUUGAAGGUAAAAUGUAUAGAUAAUAGCUUCAUACCAAGAGGGCAAAUAACUUCCUUAUACAACCAGUAUACAACCAGACCAUGACGUCAUUGCAACCAGUUAUGUCCGCUGGGUAAGGCCUUCAAAUUCAUAUUCUAGUGUCUCGCUGAACUUUCUGCGUCAUAUGGCGCAGAGAUUCUUCUAACAUACCACAUAUUCUUCAUUUGAAUGUCAUGAAUUACUUAAAUGUCAUGACUGUUCAUGCCUUUCUCUGUCUCAACCCACUGGGCACAGACGUCAAUUCAACAUCUAUUCCACGUUGGUUCAACGUAAUUUCAUUGAAACGACAUGGAAGCAACGUUGAUUCAACCAGUGUGUGCCCAGUGGGAAGUCAUGUUCAUGUUCACCGCCUCGCUCAACGACAAAACCCUUUCUGUUUAAGGUAUCGGAAUGAACGACAUGUUUAUCAUGAUCUCCUGUUGGCAGAAGACCAAUGUCCAUGACAGCGUGAUAGAUCGUCUGGCAGACACCUACGAAGAUGCCGCCAUCGCCAUCACCAUAACCACACUAACGGAUGUCCUGGCGCUGUACCUGGGCUUCAGCUUGCCCUUUGGCUCUGUUCAGACCUUUGUCUGUACGCUGGCACGGCUAUUCUUUUCUGUUACAUCUACAACAUCACAUUCCUUGGCGCGUUCUUAGCACUGAAUGGCCAGAGGGAAACUAGCAACCGGCACUGGUUCACCUGUGUAAAGAUUCCAGUGGAUUGUCCUCCUGGGAAGUCGAGAAGGUAUGGAAUCUGCUGCGUUGGUGGGGCCUAUGAUCAUGACACCGGGACAGAGGAGGAGCAACCAAUUAGCAGCUUCUUUGGGAAGUAUUACGGGCCAUUUCUGACCCAGAAAUGGACCAAAGCGUCCAUUGUGGUUCUCUACGCCGGAUUUCUGGCUGUCAGCAUCUAUGGAUGUGUUGAACUGAAGCAGGGAAUUGAACUAAAGAACCUGGCUUUAGAUGAUUCCUACAUUAUCAAAUAUUACAACAACGAAAAUACGCACUUCUCUCACUAUGGUCCAAAUGUUAUGGUGGCUGUUAAUGAGUCACUUGCCUACUGGGAAGAAGACGAGCGCAACAAUCUCAGCUUGUGCAUUGCGGAUUUUAAAAAGUUGGAAAAUGUUGACAAAAACUUCUCUCUCUCCUGGCUUGACUCUUUCCAAAACUUUGCAAAGGAUCUUGAUAUAAACUCUGAAAAUACCUUCAAAAGCAACCUGCUUCCCUUCUUGGAACAACGUCCAAUGACCAGGCAGGACAUUAAUUUGGUUGCAGACAACAAGAUCCGCUCAUCUCGCUUUUUUCUUCAGACGCUAAACAUCAGCACGUCAAAGAAACAGAAGGACAUGUUGAUAAGCCUCAGAAAAACUGCUGAAAAAUGCCCCAUCUAUUUACUAGUUUAUCAUCCAGUGUUUAUCUACUUUGACCAGUACAAUGUUAUUGUGGAUAACACCAUCCAGACUACCGUGGUUGCCACAGUGGUGAUGCUGGGGAUCUCCUUACUCCUGAUACCCAACCCGCUCUGUUCGCUGUGGGUGGCCUUCUCCAUUGGGUCGAUCAUCGUGGGCAUAGCUGGAUUCAUGGCGCUAUGGGACGUGAAUCUGGACUCAAUCUCCAUGAUAAAUCUGAUCAUCGGAAUCGGUUUCUCAGUCAACUUUUCCGCCCAUGUCUCGUACGCUUUUGUCUCGAGCGCCAAGGCCGACUUGAACGAAAAGGCUGUGGAUGCGCUGGCCCAGAUGGGUUAUCCCAUAGUGCAAGGAGCCGUCUCCAUCCUUUUAGGGGUGGUGGCGCUCUAUUUCUCAGAGAGCUACAUCUUCAGGACUUUUUUCAAACUCAUUUUCUUGGUUAUUAUACUCGGGCUGGUUCACGGUGUUGCUUUCCUUCCUGUGUUUUUGACAUUCAUUGGGAUGUGCAGAAAUGGAUGGUGUAGUGAUGCAACACUAAAUACAUGA